AUGGCGAUGAUGAUGACUGGCCGUGUGCUGCUGGUGUGUGCCCUCUGCGUGCUGUGGUGCGGUGUCUGCGGUGGUGAACGAGCUGAAACAACUCCAGCUUCUCCGGGUAAUACGUCCGGCAAGAACCCUCAAAGCAAAGGAGAGACCGUCGUUGGCGCUGGAGGAGGUGAACAAAACGUUCAACAGACAGCGCCACAAGCACCAGCAUCAAAGGCGUCAGGAUUACCGGCAGCGGAAGCGGAUGCGGUACCGAGCCCGUCACCGGCACCACAACCCGGAGGAGAAGCAUCAGUAACGGCAAGUGCAACGAUUGAAAAAAAGGAUCAAAAUAAAGAAGAUAAAAAGAAUGAAGAAAAAAAGGAGGAAGUGGAAGAGGAGGAGGAGAGAAAAAAAGAAGAAGAGAGAGAACCUGUUACCGGCACCACGGAGGGGAUCUCAGCAGCCGGUCAAGAGCAGCCAAUUGUAUCUUCUGGUGCGGAGGGAUCAUCGAAGAUAACAAAUCCCAACAGCACACCAACAACUGGAGACGAUGAUCCAGCAGCUGAUGCUGCAGGGGUAGCAGAAGGAAAACAAAAUGAAAAUAAAGAAUCCAAUGCGAAAGAAACACCAGUGACGGCCACAGCCAUGAAAACUACAACGGCGACGACUGGCGACAGUGACGGCAGCACCGCGGUCUCCCACACCACCUCCCCUCUUUUGCUUCUUCUUCUUGUUGUUGCUUGUGCGGCUGCUGCUGCGGUGGUGGCCGCGUGA